CAGAAAGAGCCGGGCGCGCGGACCGCGCCGGCGCGGGCGCGUCCCCGCAGGGCGCAGGCCGGGCUGGAGGCCGCAGGUGGCUCAGGAAAGGUCAUUUUGGUCACCAGGCAUGGAAGAUUUGGUGUUCGUUUGCAGCAACGUGUUCCACUCCUAAAUCCUGCACCUUCCCGGGUCUGGGAAACGUUCCCCGGCUCCCUCCCCUAGGCGCAACUCUGCAGUGGACCGGCCUUCCUGCGCCCCUGCUCUUGGCUGGCCAUGGGGAGCACCCUGGGCUGUCAUCGCUCCAUCCCCAGGGACCCUUCGGAUCUGUCCCACAGCCGAAAGUUCAGUGCAGCCUGCAAUUUCAGCAACAUCCUGGUGAAUCAGGAGCGGCUCAACAUCAACACGGCCACAGAGGAAGAACUGAUGACCCUGCCUGGGGUGACACGGGCCGUGGCCCGCAGCAUCGUGGAGUACCGGGAAUACAUCGGUGGCUUCAAGAAGGUGGAGGACCUGGCGCUGGUCAGUGGGGUGGGUGCCACCAAAUUGGAGCAGGUCAAGUUUGAGAUCUGUGUGAGCAGUAAGGGCAGCUCAGCCCAGCACUCUCCCAGCUCGCUGCGUCGGGAUCUGCUGGCCGAGCAGCAGCCACACCACCUGGCCACCUCGGUGCCCCUCACACCGCGAGUCAACAUCAACACAGCCACCCCGGCUCAGCUCAUGAGUGUGCGAGGCCUCACGGAGAAGAUGGCCCUCAGCAUCGUGGACUUCCGCAGGGAGCACGGCCCCUUUCGCAGUGUGGAGGACUUGGUGAGGAUGGAUGGGAUCAGUGCGGCCUUUCUGGAUAGGAUCCGACACCAGGUGUUUGCUGAGCGGUCCAGGCCCCCAUCCACCCACACCAACGGGGGCCUGACCUUCACUGCCAAGCCGCACCCCAGCCCUACCUCACUGAGUCUGCAGAGUGAGGACCUGGACCUGCCUCCAGGGGGUCCCACGCAGAUCAUCUCCACUCGGCCCUCCGUAGAGGCCUUCGGAGGCACGAGGGACGGGAGGCCCGUGCUGAGGCUGGCCACCUGGAACUUUCAGGGCUGCUCGGUGGAGAAGGCUAACAACCCCGGAGUGCGUGAGGUGGUGUGCAUGACACUCCUGGAAAACAGCAUCAAGCUUCUAGCUGUGCAAGAACUACUUGACAAAGAGGCCCUGGAAAAGUUCUGCACUGAGCUAAACCAGCCGACCCUGCCUGCCAUCCGUAGGUGGAAAGGGCCCCGGGGAAGCUGGAGGUCUGUUGUCUCUGAGAAGCCUUCCAGCCAGCUCCAGAAGGGGCCUGGGUACUCAGGAUUCCUGUGGGAUGCUGCAGCCGGGGUGGAGCUCAGAGAGGCCGCCUCACAGGACGACUCACCCAGCAAUGGGCACGGGAAGUGCCCAGGCCCCAGCCCAUACCUUGCAAGGUUCAAGGUGGGAAGUCAUGACUUGAGCCUUGUGAACCUGCACCUGGCGGCUCUCCCAGGCGGGGAGAAUUCCAGCAAAAACCACAGCGACAGCCCCCGGGUGGCGAGCUGUGUCCACACCCUCCAGGAGACCCUGAAAGGAGAAAAAGAUGUCAUUCUUUUAGGGGAUUUUGGCCAAGGACCAGAUAGCGCUGAUCAUGAUGUUCUGCGGAGAGAGAAGUUCCAUCACUUGAUCCCCUCACACACCUUCACCAACAUCAGCACCAAGAAUCCCCAGGGCUCCAAGGCUCUAGACAACAUCUGGGUCAGCAGAGGCUUGAAGAAGGUCUUCACAGGUCACUGGGCUGUUGUGAGGGAAGGUCUCACCAACCCUUGGAUUCCGGACAACUGGUCCUGGGGAGGCGUGGCUUCUGAGCACUGCCCCGUGCUGGCCGAGUUUUACAUGGAGAAGGACUGGAACAAGAAGGAAGGCCCCCGGAAUGGCAGCGCCGUCACCCUGGAGCGAGGAGAAGCCAGCAUUAAGCAUGAACGAUGACAAAGGCAGAUCCAUGUUAGAGCUGGCUCUGAACCCAGAACAGGAACGAGCCUUUCUGGGUGAAGGUUUGGGGCCUUCUAAUCUGGGAGGGCCUCGGCCCACACCCUCCACUGUGGACACUUCAGGGCACUUGAGGAGCACGCUGGGUGCUAACUGUGCCAUGUGGCUAAGCAGAACCCAAGGGGCACCAGUGUGUCUUGACUCUGGACGGUCUGAUCAGCAUGGUGGGUCUAGGUGGCUGCUGUCUGCAUGGGACCUGAAAACAGAGGCAGGGUUGGGGGAGAUAGAGAGAUGGGGAGAUGGCCUGGACUGCCUGAGCUCCCAUUUUAUUCUGGUCCCCAGGCUGCUUGAGAGAGCUACAAGUGUGAUGAGCACUCUUUCCAAAACUUCAACUGGUGAUAUUUUUUUUUUAGCUUUGUUUUGAGAAAGAAUAAACCUGUUCACCUGCCUGGCUGCAUGUGGGUGUGGUCAGCUGCAGGAAGAGAGGUGAGGAUGAAACUCAGGUCUGAACUUCACACAGUGAUAACAAGUGACUCUGGACCCACAACAUGGGAG